AGGGUGAUCUCCAUUGUAUUUUGGGAUGCUUCCAAUUGUUAUUUGGCAAAAUUUAGCCAUUUAGAACGUCGUAGUCGACGCUGGUGGCUGAAGGAUGGGGGAGGCAUCCAUGGGGGUCAAGUCGUCAGAACUUGAAUCUGACACCAGUCCUUCGAGCUCCAGGGGCCCUUCGGCGGAGGUCGUCUGGCCUCCACAUGCCUACGCUGACGUCGGCAUGGCGGUGGACUACGCCAGUGGGGCGCCUGUGUCCUUGCACCAGCCCCAUCACUACGAGCGGCAAGAGUUUGUGUCUGGAGGACGGGAGUCCCCCCUCGUGGUGUAUCACGAAGAGCCCUUUUCGCAGCAGCAGCCUUCCGUCAGCCUCCCCGUGGACACCUACAUUCAGGUCCCGUUUGGAGGAGGCCCUCCCCUUGUCACGGUGGCAACGUUCAGGGGCUCUCCAGUCCCCAGGUCAGACUCCCAGCAGUCGCUUCCCCACUACGAGCAGGAGAUGGAGUCCAGGCAGGCGGAAGAGAUGGUGGCCAUGUCUCAGGUUCUGGAUCUGCACUGUUCCUCCGCUUCGACCUCUUCCCGCGACCCCGUGGAUCACAGCACCUCGAGCCCGCUUCACCACCAUCACCACCACCACCGGCAUCAUCUGCACAGCCACCACAUCUCGAGGGCCCCUUCUUCCUCCCCCACGUCCCCUCCCGCCGACCAGACGCCCCCAGAGUCCCACUCCCCCGCGCUCCAGCUCGUGCUCCCGCCAAGUGGCGGCGGGAGCGGCGGAGCAAACGGCGGAGAUGAAUCGUCCGUGCGUCUGGAGAGUCAGCUGACAGUGGGCCCCGCCAGCGCGGCCGCACUGGGGCUUCCUGUGCUCCUGGAUAAGUCCAGCCUCGUGGCAUGCUCCACAUCAGCACUCUCGGUCGCCGGGCCGUCUUCCUCGGUCACGAGCCGGGGGCUCGCUGCCACGGCGCUCUCGCAUCGCUACCUCCUGGAACAAGCCCAGUACCUCGUGGCAGACCUGGCCUCCAGGGACCUGUUGCCCUCGAUCCUGCAGGGCCCUUGCUCCUCGGCCUCAUCCCCGGGUGGCCCCCCGCCGGCCUCCUCGUCUUCCCCGUGCACCCCUUCCCACGGGGGCCUGUCCUUCUCGCUGCAGUCCAAGCACCUGCUGGCUGCCCACCGCUUCGUGCCCCUGCAUGCCCCGCCUUCCCCAGCCGACCCCCACGCGGAGGAGGAGGGCGAAGAGGCCCCCCUGCUGGACUCGUCUUCCGCGGUGGGGCUGCUGGACGUGCACGGGGUGCCCCUGUAUGCCGCCCACCACCCGCACGGAGCCCAGGGCGUGUCCCUGCCGGUGGACGUGUUUGUCACGGAGCGCGGGGAGGUGGCCCUCGUCAGCAGCACUGGCCAGGAUGCCGGGGACCUGCUCGACGACGUGCAGCAGUACCACGCUGCCAACCAGGCGUGCCACCAGAAUGGUGCUAUCCAGAACUAUGUUUCGUCAAGUGCCGACCUCGUGUCAACGGGGGGUGUGGCAGAGCCUGGGAUCCAUUCCACGGUAGACUCUGCAGAUAGUUCGGAGCAUAUCAUCAAUACCUCAGAGGCCUAUGUUGACACGUCUGGUGAGCAUCACCAUAUUCAGGAGGCUGAACAUGGGACGGGCUAUGGCCAGCAGCUGGACCUGACUUCCACCGAGGAGGCUUCGACCAGCUCCAGAGGCGUCCAGCAUUCGGUGCUUCGGAUGCAAGGCAUGCUGGGGAGGCGGGUGUCAGGCCUUGCCUCUUCGCCCUCUCCUUCUCACACGUUGGCAAGGGCAGAAGUGUGCAGCGCGGGAGUGUCUCAGGAGGAGUUGGACGAGCUGCAGGGCUGCUCUGCGGUGAGCAGUGCCUCGCAGCCGGACUCCACCAACAGCCCGGGUGUGGAGAUGGCCCCCUCCCCAGUCAACACCCGGGCCCUAGGCAGCCCUGGACCCUCGGCAGCGCACUCCCCCGGUCCCCCCCCUGCGACGGGUGCGAGGCCAGACGCCGACCGCAUGUGCUUGUCGCGCUUCUGGUGCGACGACUGCGGACAGUUCUACGACCGGGAGUGUCCACGGCACAAGGUGCAGCUCAUAGUGGACAAGCCUGUGCUGACAAGGGCAUGGGCCAGCCUCCCAGCCAGCUACCUCUAUGUUCACAAGGUUUCUGAGAAGCCCGACGGAGACCCCAUUUACGGAGUGUUUGCCAAGAAGAACAUCCCCAAGCGGACCCAGUUUGGCCCCAUCGAGGGGGUCCUGCAGAGGAGGUCGGAGAGGCCCCAGCAGAGUUUUCCCCUGUUUGUGGACGAGGAGGAUGGCCAGGUUGUGUGCUUGGACACUUCAGACGAGACGCAGAGCAACUGGAUGCGCUUUGUGCGUCCUGCAGAGAGCCACGCCGAGCAGAACGUCAUCCUGGUGCAGCAGGGCACCGGGCUCUACUUCAACACCACCAGGGCCCUGGCCUCUCGGACGGAGAUGCGAGUCUGGUACUCCAGCGCCUAUGCCCAGCGUUGGGGUUUACCCUUACUACAGCAGCAGCAGCAGCUGCAACAGCAGCUGCAGCAGCAACACCAGUUGCUACAGCAACAGCAGUUGCAGCAACAGCAGCAGUUGCAACAGCAACAGCUGCAGCAACAACAGUUGCAACAACAGCAACAGCUACAGCAACAACAGCAGCUACAACAGCAGCAGCAGCAACAGCAACAGCAACAGCAGCAGCAGCAACAGCAGCAGCAGGAGCAGGAGCAGCAGCAGCAGCAGCAGCAGCAACAGCAGCAACAGCAGCAGCGGCAGCAACAGCAGCAGCAGCAGCGACAGCAGCAACAACAGCAACCAGAACAGCAACCACAACAGCAGCAGGAGCAGCAAUGUCAGCAAGAACAAGGGCAGCAGCAUCAACAUCAGAAACAACAGCAACAACAUCAACAGCAGCAGAAACAGCAGCUACAGCGACAGCCGCUGCAGCGACAACAAGAGCAGCAUUCGGAAGAGGGUACCAGUAGGAGAAGAGGCACAGGUCUCGUGGAAGCGGGCUCGAGGUGGCCCUGUUUCGAGUGCAGCAACAGCUUUGGCUCUUCGGAAGAGCUUCAACUUCACCUCAAUCAGCAUGACAAGUUACCCGGGGCAGCGUGCAGUGCGACAGCAAGCUCGAGUUUGCUCCCGCCUCCUCCUUCUCCCCCUGCCCCUGACCUGACACCCAGCCCCAGCACCGCUGCCCCCCUCCCACCCCCUCCGGUGUCUGAAAUUGCUACCAGGAGUCGUGGCCGUCCACCCAAGAAGCAACAAGCCGCCAGAGAGCCAAUUGAGGAAACUGUGGACCUUCUCGAGACAAGUCCCUCGGUGGAAAAUAGUGUUGCUGCGUUGCCUCCAGCCGAAGAGCAAGCUACGGCUCCAGUUAACGAAGAGCACGAGUGCAACGUGUGCCACAAAGUGUUUCAGCGGAAGUACGGGCUCAAGCGCCACCUCAUGAUGCAUACGGGUGAAAAGAAAUACAAGUGCUCGCUGUGCGACCUGCGCUUCACACAUCCAUACAACAGGAAAAGGCACGUGAUUCGGCACCAGCAGAAAGAGGAGCGGGUUAAGCAGCGCAAGCAACAGCAACAACAGCAGCAGUUGUCACCUUCAAAACAGCAACAGCAGCCUCAGCAGCAGCAGCAGCAGCAGCGAACGACCACAAGCUCGUCACUGAUGACCAGAUCGAGGCCCAGGCGCAACUGGCGAAACCCACCCGUGCUGGUGGAGCCUUCGCUCUGGGCCUGCCCCCACUGCCGCCUCAUGUUCUACUCCGUCGAGGUGCUGGACAUCCACGUGCCCAUCCACUCGGCUGCCGUGAUUCCUGCAGACGAGGAGGGGAGGAAUUCCAAAACGCGACUCGAGGAGUGCCCCGAGUGUUGUUCGGCUUUCUUGACGAGGGCGGAGCUGAUGAAACACGUGGGCAUCCAUGGCAAGCGUGGGCCUCCCCGGGGAGACCGCAAGGAGGCGGCACCCCCGACGGACUCGCUGCCUCGGCUGCACAAGUGCGGCCUGUGCUACAAGGGUUUUGCCACCAACGAGCGGCUCUCCAAGCACUUGCAGGUGCACAGCAACGAGGACGCCAAGCCCCUCAAGUGCCACCUGUGCGACAAGCGCUUCCUCAACAACUCCGCCCUCACCGGACACCUCAGGUCGCACAGCAAUGGAGAGAGAUUUUUUGAGUGCCCCAUCUGCAAGGAGAAGUUUCAUGUGAUCACUGCCCUCAAGGACCAUGUAUACUCUCACUAUGAAAAUGGAAUGUACACCUGUCCUACGUGUAAGAAAAAGUUCCUGGAGUACAACCAGGUGCGGAAGCACAUCCGUGCCUUCCACACGAACCAGCGCUUCCCGUGCCCACAGUGCCCAAAGGUGUUCCCGCGGCAGGACAAGCUCAAGCUGCACAUGCUGUGCCACUCGGAACACCGGGAGUUCCUGUGCGCCCUGUGCGGGAAGCAGUUCAAGCGCAAGGACAAGCUCAAGGAGCACAUGCGGCGGCUGCACGGGCCCGACCGGGAAGCUCGGGAAGCGGCCAGGGCCAAGGCUGUUCGGCCCGUGUCCGCAAAGCGCUUUGUGCCAAAGGUGUCUCCGACAGACUACCACCGGUUCAUCUACAAGUGCCACACUUGCCUCCUGGGCUUCAAGCGGCGGGGCAUGCUGGUGAACCACCUGGCCAAGCGGCACCCGGACGUGCGGCCAGACUCUGUGCCGGAGCUGAACCUCCCCAUCCUGAGGGCCACUCGGGACUACUACUGCCAGUACUGCGAGAAGGUGUACCGGUCCUCUUCCAAGCGCAAGGCGCACAUCAUCAAGAACCACCCCGGCGCUGCCCUGCCCAUGAGCAACCGCAUCAAGGGUGGCGUGCCCAGCGUCCCUGGAGAGCCCAACCCGACCUUCUCGCACAUGGUGGGCAGCGUGACCACGCAGCCGCAUAACUGCUGUCUGUGCCACAAGCAGUAUGCCAGCAAGGCCAAGCUGCUCCAGCACCAACGCAAGAAGCACAUGGACAUGAUCGCACUCACGCUGGUCAGCAGUGCCCAGGCCAACGGCAACAGCCGCAGGAGGGAGGCAGACCUGCUCACAAGGGCCAUGUCGGAGUUGACCCAGACCCUGACGGACUUUCGGCAGGGCUCUAACCCCGCGUCGUUCCUCUCGGGAGGGCCGCUCGAAGAGGACCCCGAGGAGUCCGAGGCCGUGGGGGACCAGGUCGUCUCGGACGCCCUGGACUCCUCCGUGGACAACGACGAGGUGGCAGGAGCCACCCUGGACCAGGCUCAGAUUAAUCAGCUCCUUGCUCAGUACCAGCAGCAGGCCGCACUUAGUGCAAGCGGUGAAGCACAUCCAGACGCCCCUGUGGUCUCUGUGGCCGAUGUCGUGGUGGCACCGACAUCGUCAGCUAGCUGGACCAUUGUCUCGGUGACAGCUUCAGGAGAAGACUUUGAGCAAGACUUUUCUGCAGCAUGAGCACGUUGCGAGCUUUUGGCAAACACCACACGUUUAGCAAGAGAGUGCUGGUUAGGAUUGAGUUUCCUUUUUGUGCUCUUUGUACAAGUUUUUGAAUUGUACAGCCUUUUUUUCAAACAGUGUCCCACUUGUUGUACUGGUGAAUGGUGAAUUGUUUAAAUGAACUGUGCACGUGAUUGUUGUGUUACUUGUAUGUCCAGAUUACCUAGUCAGUGGUAUGAACUCUUGGAUGGUGUUACUAGUAGUAGGCAAAUGUCAAUUUUUUUUACCAAUCUUGAUUCUGUGUUUAAAUUGUUCAUAAACAUCUGAUUUUAUCCUGAAUGCAUGUUUUCACAAUUUCAACAUACCAUGGUUACCUUGGUCAAAAGUCAAAGAUGAAUUUUCUAUGGUUGUGGCUUGAAGAUCUUUAAGCCCUCUUGCAAAUUUAUAAACCAAUGUUGUGAUCUACUAGGGCUAUGUGUAAGGUGAUUAUUUGAGUCUGUGACACAAAUUACAGUCCAGGUAUGUGGAACUUAGAACAGCAGCAUUUCAGCAUUUUGAUAGGAUUAACUAAUUGACAGUGUGAUGCAACGGGCCUGUUGCUGGAAUCACUGUCUUCACCUCUAUCCAGAUACUGGCCCCUGUUUCAUCAUAGUGACUGUUUUUGUACCCACACUGACUAUCACACACAAUGGCAUCAUACACUGUACACACAAUCACCACAAAAGCUGCAGUGGGAGUUUCCUGCAAACUUGUCUGAUUUCCUGUUAGUCAUCCAGGGGAAGGUGUUAUCUGCCAGUCACAUCAGUGGGCUGUGCAAGACACUUUUGUCAUUUUAUUUGGAUGAAACUGUGGAAUGGUGCAAGACCCAUCUGCCUGCUUUCUCACUCCAGUAGUGUUUUUCCAACAUGAAUGUCAAAGCAGCUAGUGCUCAGCAUUUUAUUUAGACCUGGACUGUAGUAACUGCAUCUGCUAAAAUGUGUACAGUAAGAAAGUUACUUCUGGGGUACAAUGAAUUUAUUAUCUCAGGCAAAAAUGCGUUGUAUGUUGGAUGAACAUGUAGAAACUGAGGCAUGUUUGGGAGAUCACAGCAUAUAUUAUUCUAAAGGGCAUACUUGAUCUGACUUGUGGAAUGAUCAUUUUCGGCUAAUCCUCAAAAAUAUUUGGGCCUCCCACAGCGGCGUUGCUAGGCCAUCCGGCAUAUGUCUUCGUAACCCUUACCCCACUCUGUAGGCUGACAUAGCCAAGAUUAUGCCCCAAAGCCAUGCAUGGUAUUUUGUUCAUUAUAUUAGGGCAGAUUUUAAUGUCACCAUUUGUUUGUGACAUUAGUCCUAUCUUCCAGGUGCUCUCUUUAUUUUCCCAGGUUUUGUGAUAUAUCAUAUAGGUUCAUAUCAUCCUGUAAGCAGACACUACUUCUUGGACAGAAUUAUUUGGUGAUUGAUGUCCCAUCACUGCAUUGGGUUGAACGUCUUCCCUGUGAGAGCAGUAAUACGUCUAGACAUUGUCAAUCAGGAUAAUCUGGUAACUUCAUAUCUUGUUACUUAUUUGUGUCCAGGGCUGAGAUGUGCAAAUAGUGAAGCUUCAACUCUAAUCAAAUUCGAAUCGAAUAGUGCCAAAUAAUGGCCGAAAAAUAGGAUAUUGAAUUGAAUAUAAAUACCAAAAUGUUUAUUGUCAAUAUUCACAGAACUAAAAAAAGAAAGAUGUUGUUUAUUCUCUUACAAGGCACGAAAUGAGAAGAUAUUAUGAAUAAAAAUGGUGCUAAUGUCCACACUUAAGACAAACUCAAGACAGCUGACGGAUAAAUUAACCCAUCCCCCUGUAGAUCGCAGCACGCUAGAUAAAUGGAUGGAUAUGACUGAACCGUUUGAAUCGGGUGACGUCUCACACCACCUAACCCUGGCAGCUAUCUUGAUGCGGAGGGGAGUGACGGGGUAGCAAGAGACACAAGUUAUCAGUGUUAUGUGUAAUUCAAUAAUAAUUUGUCAUAUUGUGGGCAUAACAACUGAGAUUAGGUUUCGAAUGCACAGAGCUAACUAGAAGAGCCUUAAAUUAAAAAAGGGCGACGUGCGGGGUUUUUUGGUUUUUGUCAAGCGCAUCCAAGAAGUUUGGAGCGUGACUGCUUUGUUUGAGAAACACAAGAAACAAAUACUUUCUGUCAAAAUUGUUUGUUAGUCAAAGCUCCCGAGUGUAGACUUGAUGUAGAUCCGACACAAGCCUGUAUAAGGACUAUUUCGCCAUAUAAACUGCAUUCCUGAAUAAACAUGAAUUUUCGCCAACAGUAUUAAUAUUCAAAUAUUUGAAUUAUUCAAAAACUCGAAUACUAGGAAUUCAAGAGCUGAAUUAGAAUGUUCAGGCAAUCAUUAUUCAAUUCAAAUUUGAAACUCAAGUAUUUGCACUAUUCUCGUCUGAGGCAUUUUCCAACAGUCUUCAAACCUUUAAAGUUCAAAGUCAACAAACUUUUGCAGUCAGUUAUCAUCCUGUGAAUAAUCUCAUUUCCAGUUGGGUGCCCUUUACAAAACACCUGGUGACCAUAACAUAUGUGUUCUCUCGAGCAUUGGAGAUAACUAAGAACUAAGCUCAUUCUUCAAACUGUUCGGCAGUGCUUCAUAACAGCAUCAUAUUGGACAUGCCUAGAUUUUAUUUAUUCAUCUGUUAAUGACUUACAGCUGGAAAAGGGAAAGGGAAACAAAACACAUUAAUUUAGAUGUUAUUUUUCAAGGGUGCAAUUAAAGAACUUGAAAUAUUUACAUGGAACAGUUAGCUUUUUGUAUGGGGAGUCUCAUGAGAUGCUUCAAUUUCCUUAGCAACAUCAUUUACUGUAAUGAAGUCAAAGCUAGAGGAUCAGGACUGCUGCAUGGGGGCCUUUCUGCCUGAAAAAUUGUUUUAAGUCCUGGCUCCUUUGCUGGUAUGGUCACUGCAUUUGCCUGAUUGUACCUGCCAUUCCAUCCCCACAUUUCUGCCGAUCGACCUACCACACAACUUAACAAGGACAAGCAAAGCCUACGUCAGCUCACAAAUCUUAAUUGUGGCGUGCCACCACAAGUUGUUGCUCAUUCCUGUUUUAGAUCUUGCACAUCUUUCACCAAGUCGCUCAUUCUGGCAUUUAAAUUUGGUGCCACAUUUUUUACCUCUCAUAUUUUCAAAUUUGAAGAAGUCAGUUACUGCACUGAUUUCUGAGCCAGAGUUUGGUGGCCAUUUAUUUCGUAAAAUGGGGAUCCAUCUAAAAUAUGUCCAUUUCUUUUGCCCCCUGUGGCACUAAAAUAAAAUGGACAAGCUUUGUAGCUGACUCCACUGCUAGAAGCCAGUGAGCGUAGCAGGAUAACCUUUUACAUGUCAAAAGUAAUAUUAUACUAUCUUGUGAUGGUUCAAUUUAAUGCAUUUCCCAGUGAUCCUGAAAUCAUAUGAUUAUAUAAAAUAAUUUCUGCAAAGAUAUCUAUGAAUAUUGUUAAUUUUUCUGGUGUCUCUUUUACUGAUUAACAGCAAUUCUGAUCCCAAGCGUUUUGCAAACUUUUGUAUGGAUUUUGACCCUUAUAUUUAGUUGGCACGUCCCUCUGACAUUGCUUAGCAGACACCUUUUGCAGUUUAGCUGAAGGUUUAUUCAAGAAAGUCAGCUUGGAUCAUGAUCUGUAUAUAGACGUCUUUCCCAAAACAAAAUGUUUCAUACAGGGUCUACAUCACUACGAUGUGUGCAGCCACAGCUGCGUGUGCCGACAUCUUGCAUCUAGUGUUGGCGUGUCCAGGGGGACCAGUCAAAGGUGUGGGCUAGCUAAAACCCCUUUUGUUGAAGGUGUGACAAGGUGAGCAGGGAGGAACAAAUGUACCACGCCAAUACCUCAUACUCUGGCCCAUGCUCAUGUGUACAUUAUUGGUGUUUGAAUGUGGACCACUACUACCUAAGGGUAGUACAGGUCGUGUGAUAUGGUGCAGUCUGGGGAAGCGUGUUUCAGCCAGGGCAUUUCUUUCCGACGUCUUAACAUGACAGCUACCGCCGCUGGUCAGGCAUCCACAUGUGGAGACUUCAGUUCACCAUUUUGCUUCGUUUGGCCAUCCAUGUCUCUGUCCAAACUGCAAGAUUUGAGUGGGUGGGAUUUUGUCUGGAGUGAUCUCGGUGACUGGUGUGGCAAUGGCCUAAAACCCUGCGGCAACUCUGUGGUUGUGGGAAGGUUGAUCCCAUCUGGAAUAGAAGCCAAAGACUGCACACACUGUCUAUAAUCUGUACAAUACUUACAAAUGUGUGUUAUAUUUUUAGAGUGUACAUCUUCACAAAUAAAGGGUUUGAAGAAAUGUG